UCUCUCCUUGUGACUCCUCUCUCCACGAUACCGAGGACAAGAAAUGGUUAACUUUAACCCCUUUCAUAUUUAUAAAAUGGAUGUUAUUUCUCUGGUCGAGAGAGCCAGCUCCAGGUCCGAAAGCAGGCCCGUGGUUCGCGUGGUUCGCCACAGCGUUGUUUAUCUGGCGUUGCAGACGAAGCGUGGCGAAAGCGAUCUUAGCCGUGUCGCCGUUUAGGUUGUUAAAGAAACGCCACGGUCUACGUUUCGCCACGUCGAGGGCCUCGUCGACGGUCACCCUGAAGCAACAUCCACGACUGAAGCUAGGAAAUUCGAUAUUACAACGAAAGCACAAACACACAAGUAUCAAGACGAAGGCGAAACGAUUGUGCACCGGUGACGGGCCACACGUGACCAACUCGACCUCUGCGAUGCAGCAAAUUCAUUAUAGAAUGACCAGAAGCGGCAAGAUAUACGGGAAAUAUCCGAACAAGGUCGCGAUGCCGGCGAACUGCAACCAAGGAAGCCUCUGA